AUGCCGUGUUGUAUAGUAUUUAUUCUUGACACAAGUGGUUCGAUGUCCACCAGAGCCAACACGCAUUUCUCAUUUUUCGAUAUGGCCAAAAAUUACAUUGAAACUUUUAUCAAGGUAGGCGGAUUUAUUAUUGAUACGAAGAAGUUACGAUAAAAGAAAUUCUAAUUUCUAGGGUCGAACUAAAAAUGAUGGAAGAGCGGCAAUUGGAAGAGAUGGUGAUCGAUAUUUUUUAUUGACCACUUCUUCAAAAUAUCCAGCUAAUGUUAAGGUAUAUUUUAACUGGUGGAAAUUUUCUAAAAUUAUUCAUAUUCUUUCUAGGUUUUGGGUGAAAAGGCGCCGACUCCGAUUCUCGAAGAAAUGAAAAAGAUCCCUCUUCCUGUUGGAAAUCAUCCGGUUCAUCCUGCAAUUUUAGACGCAUUCAGAUUGAUGCAUGUAAAUAGAGCAAUGACAGGUUUGCAUUUUUAUUUUUUCAAAAAAAAUGUUGAAAAAUCUCAAAUUUCCAAAAAACGGAAGUUUUAAUUUUUUAGGGUUCAAAAAAGCCUAGGAUUUCUGAAUUACUUAUCUAAAUUUUGUGUGUAAAUUUUAGUUAUCUCAACUCUGAACAUAAGUUUCAAAAUUUCCAAAACCCUAAUUUAUUUGCAGGUAUCGAUGCUUACGGUUGUGGCCGAGCGCCUCAAAACACUGAACAAGUUCUCAUAAUUUUAUUGACGGAUGGAAGUGGAGUUGCAACAAUUCCAAAUAAUUUCAAACUAUUGUUCGAUCCUCCAUCUUUGGGAAGUGAAAUGACUCAAGAAGCCUACAGAUGGGAUCAAAAACUAUUCAGUGUUGUAUUUCGAAUUCCUUCGACGCCUUAUAAACCAACAAAUUCACAACUUUUGACAAUUGAUAUUGAUUUGCCGAAUAUUGAAAAACUUUGUGCGGCAACUGGUGGACGAAGUUUUUCGAUUCUUUCAACUCGUCAAAUCAAUAAUUCUGUUGAUCAGAUUUUGAAUUUCGUUUUGGCUCAUCGAAUUGGAGUCAGAUUUGAUUGUCUAAACACAAUUGCUGGUAAACAAACAAGUGACGAAGUUUCCAAAUUACGCGCGAAAUUCAAAAAAAUAUCUGAAAAACGACCAGUUACAAAUCUAAUAUCUCGAAUCACACCACAAGGAAGACCUGUUACUUGUCAUUGGCAAAUUCCGGAGAGCUUUUUUCCUGUGAAAAAUAUGGAAGCAUUGCCACCGAGAACUGCACAUCCUAUUAUUUUGAUCGGAACCGAAGCCAUUUCAUUGAAUGUGCGUUUUUUAGAGUUUGGAAAUUUUUUUCAUUAAAAAAACUUCAGUAAAAAUUGGGGAAAAAUCUUCUUCAAAAUUUUCGAAAAUUCUCUUAUCUAAACUCAUUUGAUUUUCCAGUUCUGCUAUGAUAUAUUCGUCGAUCGACUCGAACUCGAACCUUGUGGCGUCACAGAAAUUGUAAUGGAUCUUCUCAAAAAACGUCCUGAAUUCGCGAUCCCUGCCUAUAUUUCAAAUUCAAGUAGUCAAGGCGGAAAUAAUAUUCCAUUUGGAUGUCUUCGUCUAAAUCCAGAUUGUUCUGGUGUUUAUUUGAUGUUGAUGCCAUUCAAUUAUCCCAUUUUUUCACAAUUAGUCGAUGAUCUCAAAAUUGAUCCAAAUAUUGUUAUGAACAAUCAAUGGAAGAUGAAACUUGAUAGUUAUAUUCAUAAUAUACCAUUUUAUUGUUUAUCGGUAAGAUUUUUGAAUUUCUUUGCUUUUGUAUCAAAAAAAAAUGUUCGAAUUCUGGCGCAAAACUUCUAAAGAAAAUUUUGAAAAUAUAAAAAGUUUUAUUUUCAAAACAUUUCCCAAUCUCUUUUCAGACAACUCGAAAAGUGUUGGAAAAAUUCAAAGUGAAAUGUGAUGUUAAUAGUUCAAUGAGUAACACUUAUGCAAUUUCAUUAUUGAAUAAUUUGAAUCGAUUGAAAAAUAAAGGAAAAGAAGAAUAUGAUGCAGUUGCAUUGGCUGCAAAACUUGGAGAAUCAAAAGGUAUUCGAAUGUGGAAUUCGAAUAUUAAAAUUGAACGAAUAACUUCGAGAACUGGAAUAUUUGGAUUAUGUGAAAUUGAAAAUGAUGAAGAAGAGUUUGAGGAAACUGAACCGCCCGAAUUAAAACCACAAUUUUCUGGAGAUAGCUAUGUGAGUUUUAGAGUUUGAAAGAUAUAUUAAAAACUUGUUCAAAUAGAAAAAUUCACCUGAAAAAUUCAUUUUUCAUUUUGAAAUAAUUUUCUCGUCAGAAUAAUCCUAAAUUUGAGUUUUCGAAAAAUCUGCAAUAGCGACUUAUUUAAAAAAAAUUCAAACGUGAAAAAAUUUCAAACGUGAACUGAAAAAAAAUUAGGAAUUUCAUUUUUGAAAAAUUAAAUUUCCUCAACCGACAUGAAAAAAUCUCUAGAAAUCAAUUGACAUUUCGCAGGUCCAACUUUAUGGUCCGGGCGUCGCCGAUCCGGAACUCGACACAAUUUAUCGAAGUCCCUGGUCAUCUGGAAUUGAUGAAAUGGUCGCAAAAUUGAACAAGUUUGUUUUUUUUAUUGUCUGGAAAAAAAAGUUAAUUAAAAAUUCAGAAAAUUUUUUUAGGUUUAUUAUUGAAUCCGACCUCUGAAAAUCAUUGUUUCUAUUAAUUGUUCUAUUUUUUCAGAAUGCAAGCGAAUGUUGAUUUAAUGUUUGAGCCAUCGAAAGUCACUCUUCUUGAUAUGGCUAGAGUUGGAAUCAAACCGCGUUUCAAUAAUCUCGAAGAACUUCACAAUUUGCCACUCAAAACAAUGGGAGAAUAUGAGCCAUAUCAAACGGCACGUGUAAAAUAUUAUGGACAACCAAUGAAAAAAAUAGAAGAAGAAAAAGAGAGAACACAUGCAUUUGGAAAUCCGUAUAAAUUGAAAAGUUUCGGCACAGGAAUUGAUGAGAUUGUUGAUAGCGCGGUAACGGAUAAUAAUUCGAAACGAGAAGGAAAACGAGAAAGAGAAGGAGGUGUUCGAGGAGGACCACCCAGGAAGAAAAGGGGACCAUUAGGAGUUGAUGCAUUUGAUAAUUGGAGAAUUAGGAGAUCGAUUUCGAGUGGAAGUUCGGUAGCAGAUUCGAGUAUUUUGGAUGAUUUAUUGAUGGAUGUUGCGACAACUUCGAAUGGUGAAAGUUCAGUUGUUCAUACCAAUGGAUUCACGAACUCAGAAUCAGAAUCAGAAUCUGCUUCUUCCAAUGGACAAAAUGGAAGUGUUGAUGAGUUAGCUGAAAUGUUGAGUGUUAUUGUGGAACCAUCGGCUAAAAAAGAAGUACCUCAAAUCAACGGGAAAAUGCAUAAAAAUGGAUUAUCUCCUCCUUUAGCCACCAACAAUUUGAAAUAUAUCAAGCUUAGUCCCGAGGAUUUGAAGACGAGAAAAUUGUUGAUUGCACAAACUGUCAGAAAACCGGCGAAUAGUGAGUUUUUGAAGGAAAUUUUGAGAAAAAUUUGGAGUCUGAAGCCGAAAUACUUUGAAUUUUUCGGUCAACAUCGGAAUUUUCAUUGGUUCAAGAAAAAUUGAUAUAAUCAAAGCAUUGGUUUUUGUUGAAAAUUCUGAUCAAAAUCCACAUUUUCAAGAUAAAAUUUUUAACAUUUUUGAAAAAUUUAAAUUUUGAAAAUUUUCAAGCAUGUUUUGCUUUCAAAUUUCAUUGUUUUUAAAAUUUUUCUAUUAAAAAAUCCCCUCAAAAAAUUAAGUUUCUCGCAGAAUAUGCGUUUUCAGGCUCCAAAAUGUAUCAAACUAUUUAGAAAUCUUUCUUGUCACGAUUUUUUUUCAUACUUUUCAAAAGUUUCUAGACAAGAAUCCUGAAAUCUUUCAAGAAAUAAUCCUAUUUAUUUUCAGAACGCGCAUUCGAAGAAAUUGUCCAGCAAACUCUUGGAUUAUCCCGAGAAUGCGCUGAAACACUAAUACGAUUUGCAGUUCGAGAAUCGAAAAGGUAUCAUUUUGUUUUCUCUGAAAAAAUGUCCUCCAAAUAUUCUAUUUUUUCAGAUUCAAGCAAAAACAACUGACAGAUCAACUAGAAAAACAAUUAGGUUGA